GGAGGCGGUGAAUCACUUAUAAAUGGUGCCGAAGCAGGACCCGAAGCCUAAAUUCCAGGAGGGUGAGCGAGUGCUGUGCUUUCAUGGGCCUCUGCUUUAUGAUGCAAAGUGUGUAAAGCUUGCCAUAAAGGACAAACAAGUGAAAUACUUUAUACAUUACAGUGGUUGGAAUAAAAAUUGGGAUGAGUGGGUUCCGGAGAGCAGAGUACUCAAAUAUGUGGACACCAAUUUGCAGAAACAGCGAGAACUUCAAAAAGCCAAUCAGGAGCAGUAUGCAGAGGGGAAGAUGAGAUGGGCUGCCCCAGGAAAGAAGACAUCUGGUCUGCAACAGAAAAAUAUUGAAGCGAAAACAAAAAAGAACAAACAGAAAACACCUGGAAAUGGAGAUGGUGGCAGUACCAGUGAGACCCCCCAGCCUCCUCAGAAGAAAAGGGCCCAGGUAGAUCCUACUGUUGAAAAUGAGGAAACAUUCAUGAACAGAGUUGAAGUUAAAGUAAAGAUUCCUGAAGAGCUAAAACCAUGGCUUGUUGAUGACUGGGACUUAAUUACCAGGCAAAAACAGCUCUUUUAUCUUCCUGCUGAUAAGAAUGUGGAUUCCAUUCUUGAGGAUUAUGCAAAUUACAAGAAAUCUCAUGGAAACACAGAUAAUAAGGAGUAUGCAGUUAAUGAAGUUGUGGCAGGGAUAAAAGAAUACUUCAACCUAAUGUUGGGCACCCAGCUACUCUACAAAUUUGAGAGACCACAGUAUGCCGAAAUUCUUGCAGAUUGUCCCGAUGCACCCAUGUCCCAGGUGUAUGGAGUGCCACAUCUCCUGAGAUUAUCUGUACAAAUUGGAGCAAUGUUGGCCUAUACACCUCUGGAUGAGAAGAGCCUUGCUUUAUUACUCAAUUAUCUUCACGAUUUCCUAAAGUACCUGGCAAAGAAUUCUGCAACUUUGUUUAGUGCCAGCGAUUAUGAAGUGGCUCUUCCUGAGUACCAUUGGAAAGCUGUGUGAGAGGCACUCUCACUCACUUAUGUUUGGAUCUCCAUAAAUACAUUUUUGUUCUUAGUCUAUCUCUUGUACAAACGAUGUGCUUUGAAGAUGUUAGUGUAUAACAAUUGAUGUUUGUUUUCUGUUUGAUUUUAAACAGAGAAAAUAAAAGGGGUAAUAGCUCCUUUUCUCUUUUUUUUUUUUUUUUCAUUUCAAAGUUGCUGCCAGUGUUUUCAAUGAUGGACAACACAGGGAUAUGCUAUAGAGUGUUUUAUUGCCUAAUUGACAAAGCUGCUUUUGAAUGCUGGUGGUUCUAUUCCUUUGACACUAUGCAUUUUUAUAAUACGUGUUAAUGCUACAUGACAAAAUGCUCUGAUUCCUAGUGCCAAAGGUUCAAUUCAGUGUAUAUAACUGAACACACUCAUCCAUUUGUGCUCCUU